AUGGAGAGACUACGAAUAUCUGGCGGGACCCCUGGAUUCCUCACUAUAAAGGUUUCUAUCCGAAACCAAGUGGGGGUGCCCCCCCCCCCCCCCCCCCCCAACCUAAACCUUGUGGCAGAUCUUGUUCAAGACAAUGGGCAUUGGGAUACCCAAAAGCUGAACCACUGUUUUGACAAUGAAACAGUUACAGCCAUUCUCAAAGGGGGUCAACCCUCUAGUGGCGGAGUUGAUAGGUGGAUAUGGACUCUGGAGAGUAAUGGACAGUUCUCGUGCAAGUCUGCUUAUCUUGCUCAGGCCUUGGAAAGAGCUCCCCAUUGUGUUGUUGCCCCAAAGCUUUGGAACCAACUCUGGAAUAGCAAAAUUUUGGAGCGUCAUAAGGUCUUAUGGUGGUGUAUCUUGUCUAGUGCCCUCCCGGUAAGAGCUGUGAUUGGUACUAGAUUCCAUAUAGAUGAUCAAAGCUGUCCACUUUGUGGAAGGUGUGUAGAAUCCAUUGAACACCUGUUUCUAUCCUGUGAGGUGGCUCUUCAUUUCUGGCGUUCAUCUCCUUGGGGUAUCUAUCCGGUGUGUGAUACAGGCAUCCGAGCUUGGGAUUGGGUCAAGUUCAUCUGGGAUCUAAAACAUAAAGGAGCUCGUGUCGAUGAUAUAUUCUUAUAUGCUUCUAUUGUUGUGGAUACUAUUUGGAGGGUGCGUAAUGAGAAGGUCCAUAAUAACUGUCCUGUUGAUAUUAACAAAUGCAUUGAUAAUAUUUGUAAUUCUUAUGCAGAUAUGUUUGAUACCUUGCUCCAAAGUCCUACCCCAGCUUUAAAGGAAGCUUGGUCCCUUCCUCCUCAGGAUUGGAUUAAGCUGAAUUGUGAUGUAAAAGUGGGGUUGGAUAGUAUGUGUAUUGCUGUUGUGGCAAGAAACCAUCUUGGCAAAGUGAUUAGAAUUCAGACAGCUCGGGAGAACUUCUCGGAUGUUCUUUGUGGUGAAGCGGCGGCCUGCUCUUUGGCAGUGACUGCUGCCCUGGAUAUCGGCUCUAAGUAUGUUAUAGUGGAGAGUGACUCGAGAGUGGUUAUUGACGCCAUCAAUGGGAAGGGGUCUCGUUGGGCAAUAGAGAACUACAUCUCCUUUUGUACUAAGUCAUCUCACUCUUUUAGUAGUUGUUAUUUUUCUUUCAUCAGUAGAUCCUGUAAUUUUGCCGCUCAUAAUGUGGCUAGAUGGGCUUUUACCCAUCAGACUUUUGGGUCCCUCCCAGUAGAUUCCGUCCCGGACACCCUAUUCUGUAAUGACCGAGAGGUCUAA